GUAAACUGGACGAUAAGAAGUUAACAGUUUCACAACGCCAGUAUACAACAAAAAUCAUUGAGAAAAUGUUUAGAUCCAUUUUUGGACAAAACUUCUUUACAAGACCUCGGUCUUCUGGAGAUAUGGACUCUUCUUCGAAGAAGUCCAAACGAAGGAGUGAGAGACCUUCGUCUCCUGAAGACCUCAACCCUUCUAACAUUGUGAAGGAGCGCAGAGAAAGGGGUGAGGGCCCUUUGUCUUGUGCAGAAAAUCAGCCCUCUAUCACCAGGCAGCAAGAACAAAGGGAUGUGAGCUCUUUGUUCAUCGUGGGCACCAACCCUUCUAACAUCAUGAAGGAGGGCAGGCGAAAGGGUGAGAGCCCUUUGUCUUGUGCAGAACACAAGCCCUCUACCACCAGGCAGCAAGCAUGGAGGGGUGAGAGCCCUUCGUCGUCAUCUUCUGAAGAUGACCAGCGUUGUACCACCAGGCUGCAAGUUCGAAGGUUUGAGAGCCCUUCUUCCUCUUCAUCCUCCGAAGACAAGCAGCCUACUACUCCAAGGCGGCAGCAAGCAUGGAGGGGUAAGAGCCCUUCAUCGUCAUCUUCUGAAGAUGACCAGCGUUGUACCACCAGGCUGCGAGUACGAAGGUUUGAGAGCCCUUCCUUUUUAUCCUCUGAAGACAAGCAGCCUACUACUCGGAGGCGGCAGCAAGCAUGGAGGGGUGAGAGCCUUUUGUCGUCAUCUUCUGAAGAUGACCAGCGUUCUACCUUAAGGCAGCAAGUACGAAGGGAUGUAAGCUCUCUGUUCAUUGUGGGCACCAACCCUUCUGCCAUCAUGAAGGAGAGCAGGCAAAGGGGAGAGAGCUCUUUGUCUUCCUCUUCUAAAGAGGAUGAGCCUUCUACCACCAGGCAGCGAGUACAAAGGUUUGAGAGCCCUUCCUCUUCAUCCUCCGAAGACAAGCAGCCUACUACUCCAAGGCGGCAGCAAGCAUGGAGAGGUGAGAGCCCUUCGUCGUCAUCUUCUGAAGAUGACCAGCGUUAUACCACCAGGCUGCGAGUACGAAGGGAUGUGAGCUCUUUGUUCUUCGUAGGCACAAACAUGAAGGAGCGCAGGCGAAAGGGUGAGAGCCCUUUGUCUUGUGCAGAAAACACGCCCUCUACCACUAGUGCAAGAAAGGAGAGGGAGAUCAUUGAAAGAGAAAAGCAGCAUUUGGAGGAGGAGGGUUUAAAAAGAGAGAGGGGUGAAAAGAUGAAGAGAAAGAACCAGGAGAAGGAGAGGAAAAUGUUUAGUGUGCGUUAAAGAAUGUACAUUUGGUGGCUCAAUGGCAAGAUAGACAACAUUGCCAGGGACAUCCAAUCGACCUUUGUGGAUGAGAGCUACCUCCUGCGUCAUGAUCCCCUCAGAAAUCCAGAGAAAAUGGCAGAAAAAGAGCGGCUGCUUGACCGAAGGAGGGAGCUGGUCAUGUACAAACGCAGACAAGAAUUUAAGGUGGAGAGGGAAGUGAGGAAGCAAUGACUGAAGGUAGAGAGGAAGGAAAUAAAUGCGAAGAAGAUGGAGAAUAUCUCUGAGUUAUGCAGCAACUCAGAAUACCAAUGCCAAUCAGGUCACAUAUAUAUAUAUAUAUAUAUAUAUCAAUUAAGAUAAAAGUAGAGCAAUCAGAAAAAUGGCACCAAAUAGAGAGAGGUAAUUGAGGGAGACGGCAAGCAUUUCAGAUUUGUCAAAACAGAAGUAAAGAAAAGUAAAAUAUUCUUUUAAAACAUUAGCAACCACCGUCAAUUAUCCUUGUAACCACAUGAUAACACCCUAGAUGUUGGCUUUAAUUUAGUUAUACAGUCAAAGAGCAUUGUGCAAAUAACAAUGUCCUAACUUAAUGCCACCUGACCCAAUCUAAUUCAUCCUAACCUAGGCUAAUUUAACCAAGGUUAGCCCAACACCUAUCCUAAUUUAGCUUUGGUUAGGCUCUGGCAGAGACCUUAGGGUUAGGGUUAGACCCUAAAGACAGUAGAAAGAAGAAAGUAAGGCAAGAAUAGGUUGAAAAUAG